CGAAGAUACGUCGCCGUGUACGCGCUCGGAACGUUCGGAGAUUGGAUCCAAGGGGCGUACCUGUACGCCGCCUACCGCCGACACGGACUGGUGAAACGAGAGAUAGGAUACAUAUACGUGCUCGGGUACGUCGUGAGCGCGACGAUCGGGACGACGUGCGCCGCGCUCGGGGACACGCGCGGGCACCGAGCGCUCGCGGUGGCGUACGGGACGCUGUACGCGGCGAGCUGUUUGUUGCUGCGGUCGAGCGCGAUGACGACGCUGAUCGCGAGCCGGAUACUCGGGGGGAUUGCGUAUUCGUUGUUGUUUACAAACUUUGAGUCGUGGGUGAUCACGGAGGCGGACGCGAUGGGGAUCGAUAGGAAAAAGUUGGCGGGAGUGUUUAGCGUGGCGACGUUGUUCAACGGGGCGAGCGCGGUGCUGGCGGGAUUGGUGGGGAAUUUUGUCGUUGAAUUCGCUGAAUCGAGCCAGUUCUCGUGGAUUGGAAUGGACGAGGUUAGGCUCGAGAUGGGGGCGGAGGCGGAUACGUCAGGAAGCGUGGUGAUGAUGUCGAAGAACGUCAUCUCUAGUGCGGUGAGAAUGAUUAUGAGCUCGGUGGAGUUGUUUCGCCUCGGUGCGGCGAAUUCUCUCUACGAAGGCGCGUUGCAUCUCUUUGUCUUCGUAUGGACGCCAGUUCUAGAGAAAAGGUCGGCGAUAGACGCCACGGUGCCAUACGGAUCCGUGUUCAGCGCGUUCAUGGUGUGUAAAAUGUUCGGAAGCCAGGCGUUCAAGGUGCUGGAGGCUAGGAUUCCCGCCGAGAAUCUUCUGCGGAUGGUUCUCGUGGGCUCCGCCGUCAGCUUUUCCAUCGCCGUGUUGUUCACGGGGUAUUGGGUCACACUCGCCGCGUUUUGCGCGUUUGAGUUCGGUUUGGGGAUUUAUUGGCCCGUGAUGUCCAUACUACGGGCAAAGUACGUGCCGAACAAGAUGCGAGCGACCAUGACGAGCGCUUUCCGGAUCCCGCUCAACAUCUUGGUCGUCGCGUUGUUG